CCUUGUGGAGCAGAGAUGUGUCGACGGAUCACCUCUGUGCCGCGGCUGCUGGCGGUGCUCAGCUACCUCAUAGCCAGUUGUAGCUGCAGCAACAGCAACAGCAACAGCGACAGCAACUCGAGCAACAUGCUCGGCGUCUACAUCGAACGGGCGCCCGAGUCGGCGAUCGCGCCCAAGGGGGACGAGGUGGUGUUUGAGUGUGAGCUGAACCUGCAGCCGGAUCGCUUGGAGUGGCGCUUCCGGCCGAGCAGCAGCGAGCCGUACCGCUACCUGCGACCGGCUGCCGGCUACAACGUGACCAGCAGCAACGAGGAGCGCACCUGGAAGCUGCGCAUCUAUGUGAACGCCCAGACGCUGGGCGACUACCAGUGCGUCGCCUGGUAUGGGCCCGGUGCCAUCGCCUCGACGCCCGCCCGCCUCACGCUCGUCUCCAUCUCCAUCGACAACCCGAGCGUGGGCCGGCAUGCGGUGCGCUGGAGCGUGGCGCCCAAGAACUGUGUGCUGCUGCGCUGCGGCUCGGUCAGCUCCAGUCCGCCGGCCAUUUGGAGCUUCUACCGGAACGGCGAGAAGCUGCCGCAGACGGAGCUGCUGCCAGGCGCCGCCGGCGCGCUGGUCCUCAACUCGGUCAGUGCCAAGGAUGCGGGCAACUACACCUGCGCGGCGACGAAUGCCAUCACCGGCGUGGAGCUGCGGCUGCCGCAGGUGAUCGACUUGCGCGUCGACUAUACGGAUCGCACUCCGCCGUACUUCCUGCUCCAGCAGCCGGCCACGCAGGUGGCCGCUCGGCCCGGCGAAACGGUUGUCCUGGAAUGCCCUGGAGUCGGAUCGCCUCGGCCCGGCGCCGUCUGGAGCAGUCCGAAUGUGCCCAAUAUCUACCACAACCGGAGUCGUGUGCUGGCCUACGGACUGCAGAUCACGGACAUCCGGCCCGAGGAUCAGGGCUCCUAUGUGUGUCGCCUGGACAACGGCAUUGCGCCCGUGCUCGUGCACAUGAUCAAGCUCAGCGUGCUCGAGCGACCGCGCAUCCUGCGCGGCCCCGAUCCGACUCUGACCAAUGAGGGCGAUUCCCUGGCGCUCGAGUGCGCGGCCACCGGACAUCCCGAGCCGGACAUCUAUUGGCUGAUCAACGGCGAGGAUGCCAGCAACGACAACGAAACCCUCAUCGAGCACGGACGCCUGCUCAUCCACCAUGUCCAGAAGCGCCAUGCCGGCGUCGUCCAGUGCUUUGCACGCAAUCAGCUAGGCGAGGUAACGAGCGAGCGCGCGCGCGCCUGUGUGAGCGUCAGUGUGAGUCUUUUUUGUCUGUUGUCGUUGUCCGAUGUCCGCGGUCCGCGGGCCGUCCAGCUUGCCACUAAGGAAGAGAAUUGCCACUUUAUAUUGCACCACAAAUGUCUAUGGAAAAAUUGUUAUAAUGAGAAAAUUACUUUUGCAGCGAAUAUGGUGCCGCCAUCGCGACCCAAUGUCACCCGACUGGCCGACGAUGCCGUCAUGCUGCGCUGGAACGUGCCCAAGAACGAUGGUCUGCCCAUACAGUUUUUCAAAGUCCAAUAUCGAAUGCUCGGCGACAACGCCCGCAAGAUUCCUCGCGAAAAUUGGCACACAACCAACGAGAACAUACCCUAUGGCAGGCAGCAGCAGCGUGAGCGGGAGAGGGAUCGAGAUCGGGAUCGGGAUCAUCAGCGGGACCAUCAUGAGCCGGCCCUUAAGAAUUUCACAUCGUCAGUGACGGGCCUGCGUCCGGAUCGGAAUUAUCGCUUCCGCAUCAUCGCCGUCUACUCAAACAACGACAACAAGGAGGGCAACACCUCAGCCAAGUUCUUUCUGCGGCGCGGCGCGGCCAAGUCGAAUCUGCCCGUGCCCGAGCUGCGCGAGAUUGAAUCCUACUCGGAAUCGGCUGUCGUGCUCCACUGGACGCUCGCAUCGACGUCAGCCACCCAGCUGCACAAUAUCGAUGGCUACUACGCCUACUACCGUCCGGCAUCCUCUGUCUCCGACUACCUGAAGGCAACUGUCGACGGCGGCCAUGCGAGGCGCUUCAAGAUCGACCAACUGGAGCCGGGCACCGCCUAUGAGUUCAAACUGCAGUCGUUCAAUGCACACGCCGCCUCCGAGUUCAGCGAGAUCAAGCAAGGCCGCACGACAAAGUCUGCGAGCCAAACGCCGCCCGCUGUUGCGCCUGCUCCGAAUGGAAAACCGUCGGAGCAGCAUGAGAACUCCAUCUACCCGGUCAUAGCUGGCGCCGCUGGUGGCGGCCUUCUCCUGCUCAUAGCCAUUGCCGUGGCCUGUCUCUGCCUGCGCCGUCGCAACAAUUCCCAGCCCGAGGAUGAGAACAAGCCGCAAUUGGAUCACAUUCAGGCGGACUUUGUUACAUCUGCCGUACUGGGCGUGGCACCGCAUCACAAUCACAAUCAUGGCCAUGGCCACAAGCCAGGCGACCUGCGGCGCCUGAAUGGCGUCAUUCCGCGCAUGAACAUCACGCCGAAUCCCCUCGCCCAGGAUCCCACGGCCGACAAGGGCAAUGCAAUGGUUGUGGCUGCCGCCGCCGCUCUGCACCAGCCUGGCCUGCAUCAUGCGCAGCCCUAUCAUGCGCCCGGCACGCCCACCUUCGCACACAAGCGCCACGACUUCCAGCAGCUGCAGGCGCCGCCGCCUGUGCCGCCGCACGCCACCUACUACCAACAGCAGCAGCAGCACCAGCAACAGCAACAGCAGCAGCAGCUGCUGGCAGGCGGCGCCUCGCCCAUGUUGGAUCAGCAGCGACGCACGCUGGAGCGCAGCGUACGCAGCCUGCAGCAGCAACAACAGCAGCAGCAGCAGCAACAUCCGAGCUAUGGCCUAGAUGAUGGACAGGCCACGCCCACGCGCAUACCCUCGCUGCGUCGGCAGCGACGCGCCUCUGGCAGCCAGCCGCACAGCAGCCACACAAAUCUCAAUAAUCAUCACAGCAGCAGCAACAACAACAACAACAACAACAAUAACAACAUCAGCAGCCACAACAACAAUAACAACAAUAGUAACAACAACAACAACAAUGUGCCGCACCACCUGCUGCACCACCACGCCACGCACCACCAUCCCCACAAUGUUGGCAUACCCCACGUGCCGGGCAGUCCGCGCGUCCAGCGUUCGCCGAUGCCGGCGCGGGCUUUGAUCAAGCGAACGCGCCUGGGCAGCCACACGGACAACAUCUCGUCGGGCAGUCUCAACAGUAUUGAGGUCUAGACCUAAGCCACGCCUCACGCCCCACGGCCCACGGCCCCACACCAAACACCCAAUCAGCCCUCGCUCUAAGU